AAACUGAACGCAGCCGGGCUUCCAGUUGCAUUUGCGGUGCGUCGUCAUUUUUCCGACGCACCGCAAACGCAGCACGUUAGCGUGUUGGCCCAACCAUAUGCAAGCGUGUUGGCAUUUGUGGGAGGCGAGAAGGAGAGAGUCAGGAAAUACUGAAAGCUCUUAUAUUUUGGCAUUUCAGUAAUGGUUUUACACAUUUCUAAUUCACCGGGUUCAAUUAUGUAUUAAUUUACACCGUCAGGACGGGGAGAAAAAAAACAAAACAAAGAGGGAGCACCUAAUCUGAGGGUUACGAAUUAAAUGGCCAGCUUAUCUGGAAGAAGUGUAGCAUCGUUGUUGUAGUAGCUUCGUCUGACGCCCCAUUGAGAAGGAGGAGGAGGGCAUCUGGAAGCGCGGCGUCUGCAGCAUAAUUAAAACAUGGCGGACUCCGAGGAAUUUAGACUUAAACGUUUAAAGCAUGAAGAGCAGAUGUCCCGAAUGUUUGAUGAAGUGAUGGGGCUGGGAGAGUUCGCCGACUCCUCCAGGGGCUCCGCGGCUUCCUCCAAGAGCGGCGGUCAGGCAGAAUCGAAAGGACUGGAAGAAACUUUGGAGCAAGGGGAAAACCAGCCGCUUGAGGAAGAUAGCAACUCCAGCAGACAAGAGAAGAAGACGGAUGAGGGGACGGGGGAGACGGGUUUUCCUCCCCUGAGUUUAUCCUCUCCUGAAAAACCCUCUUUGUUUAAUAUGGUAGGCAGUGAAAGAGGGGGUGGCGGGGCGGCAUUUGAUGAUGCGCUCGACGGCCUUCCCGCUUUUGGACCAGAGGAGGAGGACGAAGACUGGCACUUUGCCCUGCCAAUGGACUCCCUGGAAGAUGGCGAUGCGGGUAAGGCCAGCAAGAUCGGUCAACUUGGGCGGGAGAACAGUGCUGCUCGGGGCAAUCCCUUUGCCCCGAAACCUGGAGCUGAAGAGAAGGAGGAAGAGAAUGAGGGGAGCACCGAGUCUGCCAACACCUCCCACUCAUCUCAGGACAACAACCCGGACAACAGCAAAGACGACGGCGGCCUGAAUCAGAACGAGGAGACCGAAGACAGCGAGCAGGAAGAGACAUCGGGGAACACUCGUGGGGCGGAUCGUAAUCCUCCUACUUCUCCCAGGAUAAACAUUAAAGAUGAGCCGAUUGAUGAGGGCUAUGAUGCUGCUUUGCUUCCUCAGACCACCAGUAGGCAAAUCAAGGAGGAGCUGGAGCAGCAGGAGGAACAGCUGAGGAUCAGCUCUGUCUACUCUGUAGGAGGAGGAAACAGCUUCACGUCUUCUUCCAUGCCUGCAGCUGUUCCAGCUCCAACACCGACGCACAUUUUAAUUCCCGGCCGAGGAGCCGUUCUACACGCCAUGGCGUCCCUCCCAGUUAGACAACCAGUUCCAGUCCCACCUUCAGUACCCACUUUGACAGCAUACCCGCCACGCCCUCCACUUCCUGCCGUCCCCGGUAGUGUUCGCUGCAGCGGCUGCUCCAAGGUUUUACUGAAAGGCCAAACAGCUUUCCAAAGAAAAGGCUCAACUCAGCUGUUCUGCUCCACAGUCUGCCUGACGGGCCAUCUUCCACCCAUCACUAAGGGUCGAUUGUGUUUCCAGUGCAACAGGGAGAUCCUUCAGCCCAGGGACAUGGUCACAGUCCCAGCAGAAAACAGCACAUUCAUGCACUUUUGUGGCCAGUUCUGUCUGUCUGUAUACAGACACAAGAAGAAACAAGGCGAAAAAGUAACAUCUGAUAAGCGGCCCGACAGGAAGCCUGAGAAGCCGCCUGAGAAACCGGUGGAGCGUCCGGCAGAAAAACCCUUCUGUAGCGUCUGCAAAGGCACCAACAAGCAGAUCGAGCAUGAGGUCACCCAUCAAGGAAAACUGCACCGACUCUGCAGCGACUCCUGUUUCCUUACCUGGCGCAAGCUGCGCCAGCUGGCCUUGAACUGCUGCGAAGGCUGUGGACUUUACUGCAGCAGCAACUCCAGCUCCUGUCAGACGCUGACGAUUGAAAAGGCCCAGCUCAACUUUUGCAGCGCCACCUGCAUCAACACCUUUAAACAGACUUGCAGAAAGUCGACCGAGUGUGCCAACUGUCACAAGAUCACAGUGGUGUCCUCUAGCAUCAUGGAGCUGGACCAGAAGGGUAAAGUUCAGCUGUACUGCUCUACUCCAUGUGUGGAGCAGAGCCGACCACCGCAGCACAGCCUCACAGGUACUCCGUUCCCCUGCAGUCUGUGUAAAGUUUCCGCGGUUCCUCAGUAUCAUCUCGCCAUGGUGGACGGCACCAUUCGCAACUUCUGUUCCUUAGCCUGUGUGACUACAUACAGGAAAUCUUCUCUUUCAACUCUGCCUGAAAUGACCAACGGAACCUCCUCACCCAGGGACCCUCCCAACAAGGACGCUCCAAAGCCAGGACCCUCCACCACAGCCACCGGGGCCACCUCUGUCCCCCCCAUUCCUCAGGAUUACUCGUCUUCAGUCCCAUACCCAGGACACCAUCCCAGUAACACAUCAGUCCCCCCUCUAGUGCCUCCUCAUUUGGCCGUGUCCACGCCCACUCUCCCCGGACAAGCCCAUGCCACUUCCCCCCCGGAGCAGCCUCUCAAACCGGUCGAAGAUGGGCUCAGUGACGCCGUCAAACUGACCUGCUAUCAGUGCACCAAGAAGUUUAGCCACAAGCCGCUGCUACUCACCCACCAGGUGGGUCGUAUUUCUUUGUUUUGCAGUAAAAUGUGCUGUGAUCAGUACAACAUCCAGAAAAACGUCCUCGCUGUGUGCGACUGUUGUAAAGAGGAAAAGGUCCUUUAUGAGGUCACCAGCUUAGGACAACAGGACGUGUUCUUUUGCAGUGAAAACUGCAAGCAGUUCUUCAAACAGGACCGGGCCUUGCGUCCUUGCUCCUACUGCUGUGGCCUCGGACAGAAGAUGAUGCUCAGCCACUAUGGAGGGAAGAUUGAGGAGUUCUGCAAACCUCACUGCAUGUCCCUGUACACUGUGCUCUACUAUGGAAUGGGUCGCUGCGACAGCUGCAGGAAGCAGGGCUACAUGAACGAGAAGCUGCAGUGCUUGGGUUCGGUCUGUAACUUCUGCAACAUACUCUGCCUGCUGCAGUACUGCAGCCUUCAUUUUGGGCCAAACCAAAACACCACCACCAGCAACGGCACAGCCACUGCCCCACCAGUGCCGUCCGCUCCAGCGCAACCGCAUCACUCCUCGAAGAUGAAUCCUGUCAUUGCAGACGUCGUCUCUUUGGCCAAUGGCUCAGCGUCUCAGCCCAGCGGGUCGGCGGAUGCGGCUCUGACGGGAGAGCUUCCAACCUCCAACGUGGAUGGAAAGAAUCUUGAUCACGCCAGCACUCAGACCGAUGCCCUGCGAGCGCCCGCGCCCCGUCGCCGUCAGAUGAAGAACAAGUCGGUUCUGUGCCGACCGUUCACCGUGGACCAGGAAGUCAUGUGCCGGAUACCGUCACCUUCCCCUGAAUUAGAAGCUCUACUAGAUAAGCCCCCGGAGUCCGACCAACUAUCCAGAUCGCCGGCGAGGUCUCCGAAACCGCAGGGGGAAACUGAGCCGAGCAACCUCACGCCAGCUCGCCUCACCGGGCGCCAUUUCCUGGGUAAAAGGGAGACUGAUUCCAACUGCAAGGUGUGCUGCCAGCAAAGGAAGAGGAAGCUGGAUGAAGAGGAAACGGCCUGGAAGAAGCAGAAGAUGGAGGACGGCAGUGAUGAGCCAGAGAAGGAUAGGGACCUUUCUGUCAGCGAGAAGAGAAACGAUGACGAGGAGGAGGAGGAGGAGCGGGAGUCUGAAAUAGAUUUAGGCAGUAUGAAGAGGCUGACGCCAUAUUACUGUAAGACAUGUACUGAAGAGCCCAGCCUCUGUCCUGUGCCUUGUUUUGAACUCUACCACACAAAAUUUAACUAUGACGCGGGUGAGCCUACCAAGUAACCGAAAGACUUCACUUCACACCAGUAAACCUGUUUUAAAGCUUAUCGAUGGAGUCUAAUGUUUUUAUGUGCUGUCGUUGGUUACUGACUUCCCUUUGAGGGUUGAGUUUGUCACCCGAGUUUUUCUCUCUUCGGUUUCCUGAUCUGUUUUUUGAGAAGCCAUCUCUCAUCUCCGACUGCGGACGAAGAAAGCUGCAGCUUUAAAUAUUCCUGUUCAGUCCCACACUACCGUCUGUGCUAAUCCCAAACCAUGCUGCGAGCUUUUAGCACUAAUCCGAAAACAUCCUGUCUUUUCUUUAUAAUUACAGGGUUCCUACAGUCUAGAAAAGCAAAGGGUGGAAUUUUUCUCUUUUUUUUUUUUCAGUAUUUUUUAAGGCUGGAUCGGUGUGGAUAACUUAAAAAUGUAAAAACAUUUUGUAAUCUAUAAUGGAUGCUUUUCAGCAUGAAUAAGCAACUAUCAGAUUUGUUGGUUUGAUGUGUCGAGAUAAUGACAUGACAACUAUAUAUACAAAAAAAGAGAAAAAAACAGUCUCAAUUGUCUUUAGAUAAAGAGCCUAUGAAACUGUUUUCAAGAAAGAUUUCAGGAACUGAAUAAAAAAAAA